UCACGAAGCUCCAUCAACAGGGACUGCGACACACCCGGACCCUCGUUCCUCAGCAUGGCCCCACCAACCGACACAUGGGCGACCUUUGGCUCCCUGGCCUCUCCACCCACACCUGGAAUGGGCUGGUUCUGGACUUCACGAUGACCCAUCCCUACAACAGCAGCGGCAGCCCCGUCGGACUUUCUGCGCUCUCCGGCCCCGCCCAACAGAAGAUUUCCGAUCAUCGCGCAAGUUAUGGCACCCAUCACCCGCCGAAGGCCUUUCUUCCCUUCACUGCAGGUACGCUCAGGAGGCGGUGUAUGGGGACCCUGGCUUUCAUCGUUUGCGUGCUCGCCUGUUUCGGCAGUAUCGCUCUCGUAUGGGUCUUGCCGUCCUCCUCGCAGGGGCCUUGCGCUACUGCUCUUUGUCCUGAUCCUUGUUCCCCUGCUUGUCGUGC